AUGAUCUCGAUCUAUCAGCAAGGCCUUCUAGCUUUUCUCGCCUUCAGUCCCUUCCUCACGUCCGCCUUGGUCAUUCUUCCCGAAGCGGUCUCCAACCUUGAAGUCCGGUCCUCAUAUCGGCCCGCACAACAGCCCAUUUCCCCCCAAUCUCCAAGUUCAACCAUAACACCCCUUCCCCUCGUUAUCUGGCAUGGACUAGGUGAUUCCUUUGACGCCGACGGCAUCAAAGAGGCGGUCUCAAUCGCCGAAGCUAUCAAUGAAGGCACGUACGUCAAAACUGUCCAGCUUGGCAAAGAUGGCCCAUCCGAUCGAAGCGCCACCUUCUUUGGCAACGUGACGGAACAGAUCGAAGAAGUCUGCAACCAGCUGGCGAGCGACAACAUUCUCCGCACCGCCCCCGCCAUCAACGCUCUGGGCUUCAGCCAGGGCGGCCAAUUCCUGAGGGCCUACGUUGAGCGAUGCAAUUUCCCACCCGUGCGGAACCUCGUCACCUUCGGCAGCCAGCACAACGGGAUCAGCGACUUCCAGGGCUGCGCCUCUGUGUUCGAUCUGAUAUGCCAAGCUGCGAAUGGCUUGCUCAAACUCGGAACGUGGUCGGACUUCGUCCAGAGCCGAUUGGUACCAGCCCAAUACUUCCGUGACCCGGAAAAUCUGCCACACUACCUCAAAUCCAGCAAUUUCCUUGCCGAUGUGAACAAUGAGAGGGCGCUCAAGAACAAGACUUACGCGGAUAAUAUUGCGAGUCUGAAUAAGUUCGUGAUGUAUAUGUUUGCGGACGACACGACGGUGAUUCCGAAGCAGAGCGCGUGGUUUGCAGAGUACAACAAGACGAGUGAAGUGGUGACGCCUUUAGCGGAGAGGCAGAUGUACAAGGAGGAUUGGAUUGGGUUGAGGAGGUUGGCGGAGAAGGGCGGAUUGGUGUUUGAUUUGCUGGAGGGCGAGCAUAUGCGCUUUAGCGAUAAGGAUCUGAAGAGGGUGCUGCGCGAAUACUUUGGACCUGUGAGGAUUGAUGAAGAUGGCAGUAUAUGGGACGAUGUGGAUUUGGGUAGAUCACCACAGGAUGAGCUAUGA